AUGUCGAAAUCAAAAGUUCGAUUAUCGGAGGUGGAUGAGCUCAGUGAUGCUGGUGCACUGGAACACAGUCGGGGCAAGUACGCGCGACUUCGUCAAGCAGGCGGCGGUGAUUCGAAAGAGGGUGAAGGCAGCAGCCGUGAUGAGGUACCAAAGGAAUAUGAAUCAAAGCAUACGCUGGACAGCGAUGAGGAGGAGGAUAUGAAGUACACAAAAUUGGACGUGGAAGAAAAAGAGGACGAAAUCAAGGAUGCCUGGUUGGACAACAUCGAUUGGACAAAGUUUUUCUACCAGUACACUUUUUUUCAGGAGGAGGACAGCUCGACAGCGAUAAAUUUUGGAGAUAGCGAGUUGAAAAGCGUCUAUGAGAGAAUCGCUGCAAUGCUUAAACCGAAUGAAACAAUCGAACAUGCUCUCUCCAGGCUUGGCAAAGAAAAAGGAUUAAGUGCUGCGGAAGAACGGAAGAGAAGAUGGGCAGCAAAAAAGGCCGGCAGAGAAUACGUUGAUGAGGGAGCGGCUGCAAUGAAGGAGCUGACGGGUUUGGCUGAUUCGUUGGUUUCAAAUGGCGAACUGGAGGCUUAUCAGUAUACGCUUGAAAAGCUUCUGUUCCUAAUCAAAGAACUGCAAACUGAAAAUACUGGGCAGGUGGAAGAGGAGAAGGCUGCUGGAAAGUCAUCAAGCGAUGUUGUCUUUUGGGAAUAUAAACUCUCAAAUGAAGAUGGUGCAGAGAUUUUUGGUCCAUUUACAAGCGAACAAAUGCUCGAAAUGCAGCAAGAGGGAAAAUUUGAGAAUGGUGGCUGGGCUCGCAAGCAAGGCGCCCAAUCGUUUUACACGGAGGAAGAGCAGAAAGGUGCUGCUGCUGAAAAGUCAUCAAGCGAUGUUGUCUUUUGGGAAUAUAAACUCUCAAAUGAAGAUGGUGCAGAGAUUUUUGGUCCAUUUACAAGCGAACAAAUGCUCGAAAUGCAGCAAGAGGGAAAAUUUGAGAAUGGUGGCUGGGCUCGCAAGCAAGGCGCCCAAUCGUUUUACACGGUUGCCAGGAUUGAUUUUGAAAUUUACACUUAA